AUGGCGAAAUAUAUGAAUAACCACAGUAGUAAUUCCAAUCAAAUGUCGCGAUUCCUCGACCAAGACUCCCAGAGCACCGUUCUAGCUACUUGCUACAGUGUUGAGCCGUCGACCUUCAAGGUCCACGGCUUCCACUACUGCACUACCCUGGGCGCCGGUAAUGGUAUCCCUGAGGUCCCUUCGGGGACUAAAUCGUCUCGUAUAAGUCCUCCCCACGACAUCCUCGAUUCCGUCGCGGAACGAACCUGGCCUGGAAACAAUUGGCCAGAGUACAAGGGGGAGGCAACGCAUAACAUCCCGGAAGAGUGUGAGAGACUCUUCUGUGACAGACUGUCUGCGACAUUCCUGGGUGAGAGGAGUGUCGUGGGACAGGAGUCGCUGGGGAUGGAUGCGUUCCAAAAUAUCCAGCCAAACCAAAUCGGGCACCAGCAUGAUCGAAUCCAGCGAUGGAUAGAAGUGUGGGAUUACUCCAGCGAUGCUAUCUACCGUGGAUUUGUCGCUGAACACAAUAAAGAGCGGACUUUGUUCGUUUUCUUCGAGGACCGUGCCCUUGAACACGGCCUCAAGUCUGGCUUGAUCGCUCUGUUUGAACUUGCCGAUAUCGCCACCUUUGGGUGCUCGCAAAUAGUUGCCUGUGUUAGUCGUUCCCAGCGCACAGAUGAAAUGGAGCUUGUGCGAAGUCUAGGAUGGUGUGGAUUUAGUCUCACCACCUUGACACCCUGGCUCUCACGCGGUGACCAAGGACCCUGCCUUAGUGAUAAAUGGCUUUUCUUGGUCGCCGAAGAGCGCAUCAAAUCUCUUCAGUUCCCCAAAUUCCUCCUUCCAUCUGUGUUUUUCAAACGCAAUGCGGGGCUUUCUCCACCGGACCAUAGACCCCAACACAAGAGCGAGAAGUAUCUCGACGGCCAUGUCUCCUAUCUGCGCUGUGCAGGAUGUGCCUCACAUCUUUGCUGGACCUCCCAGAUCAUCAGCAAAGGAUUUACAGGUCGCCAUGGCCGUGCCUAUCUUGUCUCGGCGGAGCCAGUAGCCACAGCUGUGUCGGUCAGCCCGUCGUCUUCGCCUACAGCCUCGCUUCCCAACACGAUACUGCAGCGUCCAGUUCCUCGCCAGCUCGUUACAGGAGCUCAUACAGUCAGCGAUGUCACCUGCAUAUUCUGUGAUAGUGUCCUGGGCUGGAAGUAUGUUGCAGCCGAGGAAGAAUCACAACGGUACAAGGUUGGCAAGUUUAUUUUGGAAACGAAGAAAAUCGCUGCCUCGUCAUGCUGGGAAUCCCCAACUGGUGGGGCCAAGAAUAUACAACCCGAUCACCAAUAUGAAGUCGAGUCUGGUCCAGCAGAUACAGAGUUUGACAGUCAGGACGAAGAUGAGUGUGAGGACCUGUUUGCCGGAAUCUGGAGUCCGGGACUUGCUGCGCGUCGAAGAAACCGUGAAAGUAAACGUCGACCUGCAAUAUGGGGAAUUUCAUGA